AUGAAUCCCCUCGCGACCGAGUUCACUCCGUUAACGAGCCCCAAGACCAGAAUGUCGCAGCUCGCAACACAAUCUUCUCAACAACAGGCCGAGGAGACUCGUCAUCUGGCACCCUCUUCCGUGUACCGUUUUAAGCAAGAAUCCAUUGGCUCGGCAUCGACCGGCCAACUCUUUCGGCCGCAUCUUGCACAUCCUUACCACCUCGCUAUUGCACAGGACGGAAACGCGCUGUUUCCAGAUGGUGUCGGCGGCCAGGGCGCACCAAAUGACCCUUGGAAUCAGCACUAUCCUCUCAUCAAACAUCCUGACUGGCAAGAAGCUGCUCACCGCUUCCCGGAAGCGCCCUUCAACCUCACGAAUCAGAGCUUCGGCAUCGAGGUCCCAGAUGACGCUCCAAGUCUGAUGGCAGAGAGCAACGGGAGAAACACACGUCCUGUCCCGUCCCAAGUCGGCCUCAAUCUCCGACCCGCUUUAGGGGUUGGCGAAGCGGACUCGGGCAGCUCGUACACAACAGAGAGCCUGGCACAGAGUCACAGCACCGUGACACAAUGGACCCCUGCCGUGCACCAGUAUUAUCCCGGCAUGGAACACCUUGGGCUCUUCGAACACCAUGAUCAAUUCUUUCCAGAUAACCAAGAGGCCGACAGCUCAACAGUGCGAAUGGGAGUGGCGACGUCGGCGCUCCGGCGUGGCUAUACGCUGGCGGAGCAAGUCGAAGCUCGAAGCCCUCAACCCCCGCCUCGGCCGGCAUAUGGGCAAGAUUUAGCAGCGUCGGGACCGCAGCAGAUGCCAUAUCCAGGGACGUUGGUGCCUCCUCAGCCCGGCCCCGACACCUACGAUAUCCCCAGCGCCCAGCAUGUGCCUUCUUCUUUGGACUUGACGGACGAGGACUGGCCUCCGCUCCAGCCCUCCAUAGCCAGAGCAGGCUCGGAUCUGCAGAGUUGGAGCCAGCGAGACCGGUCGACUUGCCGACUCUCGCGCUCGGGGAGGACGCGCCGCCAACGGCUGCAGCAGGAUGUCAACCUAUUUCAGCUCGGCGAUAACCGGAAUGAAGUAAUCCCUUCGCAGAACCGUCUCGACCCGGGCAGCGAGCUGCAGAGCUCCCAUGAACACCCGCUGCAGCAAGUCCAGCCGCGAAAUGACCCCCGACCGGCACUUCAAUCUUCAGCCCCGAUUUCGACCGCCUUGGCGUCAGCUCCCCCGAUGGAGAACUCGGCACCGGGAAUGUCUCCACAUAGCCCGAUGCAGGUGUCAUCUGUGGCAUCGGUGGAUCGCGACCGCGCUGCCUUGGCAGAUACAUCAGUGCCCCUGCAUGGUAAGCCCAUGGCGCAGAAAGGAGUUGACGACCAUCAGAACCCAUUUCCGCCGACGAAGCAGAACCAACAAGACACGUUUCGUCGACAUUUGAGAAAUUUCGAAACACUUGCGCCGAAUCACAGUCGUGAACGGACGGAUGAUGAACUCCAAAGUCGUGGCACGCUCUACCCUCGAGAUGUUGAGCUGGGCUUCGUGCAAAAAGCAGUAAUACCUCGACACCACAUUGCCUCACCAGGGCCGCCUGAUGCGCCGCAACCACACGAUGCAUCUUCUGCAAAUGACCACAAGCUCGGCGACGUAUCUUCCCAAGACUUUGAUGCUCGAGUGAUUUCUGCCGAGACGGCCGCUUGUCGAGAAGUAGCCAGAGCAUCCGAAGCCGAGGCUCAGUCGUCUCGCACACGCGCCGCUUUUGAGCCGGGAUCAUGGACAAGUUCGAAGAGGUGGGUGAGCGAGGAAAUGAAGGAACGCCAGGCCUUUUCGAAGAUGAUGAACAACCUACGGCACAUAGGGGCGGAAAGAUCGCCCUGCAUUCCGCAAAGCAUGACAGAGCUGGCAGCCUUUAAAGCAGAAACGGCCGAGGAGAAUAGGAAGCAGUUGACGCGAAUAGUCAGGAGACGAAUAGCAGAGCUGGAGAUCAGGAAAGACCUCUUGCAGAUGGGGUCGAAAUGGACUGGCACAGGGAUUGACAAGCUGCUUUGGGGGAGGCGAUUCCAAGACGGAGCAUCGCCUGUUUUCGCCUCGGAUAACUGCUUCAGCGAAGACCUUGCUGGAGAGAGCGACGCCCGCGUUGACUGGCCGUCCCUGACCGAGCUGAAGGAAGAGGGCGAGAGACGAGCAGGGAGAUAUCGCCGUUGCUUGCCUUUGCCUCGUCUGAAUGCCAUCGAUCCGAGACUUUUGGCAGCAGGGAAUGCGGAUGUGUUCCAUCCCGAUGGCACCAUACGCUGGCAGGCAAAAGCCGUGAGCCCCAAUCGAGCAUUCGUCAUGCCUGUUUCUCCCCCCGAUAUGUCGACUGCGGGAGAAGACAAUGACGCGAAGACCUUGCCUGCCGAGGACACCGAGUCUAAGCCGAGGUCCCGCGAGCUGCCCGAAGAUUCACAAACCACAGUCCGCAGUUUUGUGCGUCGUUUUUGGAAUGAACAGAGCAGCUCAGCCAAAAGGAUGUCGACGGAGCAAGGCAAUCAGUGA